UUUAAAUUCCCAUUACUAUUUUCAGGUUAUGCUUUCGGAGAACUCCACACAAUCGCGAGCAAAAUUCCACAUAGACAAGCGGAGAAUGGCACGGUACCUGGCACAGAUCAUCAUCCUGGGUGCCCAGCUGGUGGGACGGGCGCUGGUGAAGACGAUGCGCCAGGAGCUGCAGGCCUUCGAGGAUGCGGCCCGCAUCCAGGAGUCGCUGCGGGCCAACGAGCCCAGCAGCGGGCGCAGUGUCCUGGCCAAGGACAUGACCCUGGCGGAGGCCCAGCAGAUCCUCAAUGUGAGCGACCUCAGCGAUCGCCAGGCCAUCGACUCGCACUACCAGCACUUGUUUGGCGCGAAUGAAAAGGCCAACGGCGGCACCUUCUACAUCCAGUCGAAGGUCUUUCGCGCCAAGGAGCGCAUCGACCAGGAACUGGAGCGAUUGCUCAAGAGCGGCGUCUCCCAAUCCUCCCCUGCAUCGCCAGCGGCAGCCACAGCCGCAUCGCAAUGCCAGGACAAGGAGACGGCUGACAAGAGCCGCUGAUCCUGCCCAGCUGCAUUCCUCACUUUGGCUCCUACUAGCGUCGUACUUAGCUGUCUGGUCAUCUAGGUUAGCAAAUCGUCUUUGAACUUCUCGUACCUGUAUGCAUUUAAAUCGUCAAUUAAAUAUGUUGACAUGUAAUCAUUAUCUGAGUUUCUUUGUUCGAGGAAAGAAAACCUAUUUCUUGAUAUUCAGCUAAGAUCUAGUGAGCCAUUAAGUGCCAUCAAGUUGGCCAUGAUUUUGGCUCCGUUUUCGAUUUGCAGCCAAGCAUAAAAUAUUUUCAGUUUUGUUUCGGGCUCAGCGGAGUAACAACUCUGUAAUAAUUUCGAGUAAAAAUGUUCCUUAAAAAUGUUCUUUAAAAUGUUAGUAAAAAUUAGCUGUAAAAAUGUUGAAUAAAUGUUGAACUAGUAAGCGCUUUUGCUCAUAACUUACACAAAAUAUGGCAAAAUUGGUAAUGGAAGUUCGCCAGCUCCAUUGGAUUGCUCCAUUGGAUUCAAGGAAUCGAAAACUCAGAACGUCGUCGUGAUUUGGGCACACGACGACUUCGUCACAUUACAACAAACUACAAGGAUUACUUAUGACAAACUGACAGCACCACAUUUCUAUUGCAUUCUACUGCAUACGAAUACAAGAUAGAUAGAUAGAUCGCGUAUCCACGAGAUACUGGCAGCUGAGCGAUUCCAUUCCGAUUUUGUAGCGCUUCAGCACGAUGAGUUUUGAAUACGUCGAAUUAUAUUAUCAUUUGGGCAACACGAUUUUCCACACUAACCAAAUAGUAGGGCAUUACAUAAAGCUAUAUAAUAUGCACUUAAAUAUUAAAUACUUUAACUAUUAUAUUUUUAAAUGCUAAAUUUGGCAUU